GCUAAGUAAAUCUCAGCGCAUGUAGUCUCUGCAUAGCUGAAACGUGUGGAAAGCUGAAAAGCAUGAAAUCCCAUAUUUAAUGAUAAUGUCAAGAAAGAUUGCUAAUUUCAGAACUGAAAUACACAGGAGUCAUGGAGGAAGAGGACAGUCAGGAUGAGCUGAUCAAUAAGAAUGUUUCCCAUGGAAAGGGCAAAAGACCUGCUGCAUCCAUCAUCUCUGAUGAAGACAAUUCAGAAGAUACUGAACACUCACAGGAAGGAGCAACAGACAGUGAGGAAGAUGAUCAUGACUCCCUGGGUGGAGAAGAUGAGGAUGGUGAAGAGGAUGAGGACGAUGCCAGUGAACGUGAAGAUGCUGAGAAGGACCAACAGGAGGCAGUGGGGAGUGCACCUACUCACCUGGCUGGCUUGAGUUCAGAUGAGGAUGCGGACAAAUGCCCCAUUUGCCUCAACUCGUUCCAUGAGCAACCGGUAGCAACGCCUGAGAGCUGUGAACACUACUUUUGUUUGGACUGCAUUCUGGAGUGGGCCAAGAAUGCCAACUCAUGUCCCGUGGACCGGCUUGCCUUCACUACUAUCCUGCUGAGAAAAUGCUAUGGAGGAAAAGUCCAGAAAACAAUUACAGUUCAGAAACCCAUAAAGCCUGGCCAAGAAGGGCAGCUGGAUGUGGAUCUGGAGCAGACCAGCUGUGAGGUGUGCGGGGGUACCGACCGCGAGGAUCGGCUGCUGCUCUGUGAUGGAUGUGAUGCUGGGUAUCACAUGGAGUGCUUGACACCACCCUUGAAUGCUGUACCUGUUGAAGAGUGGUUUUGCCCAGAAUGUGCGGCAAACAACCACAACACAAGGGGUGAACGGUUGCGCGAGCAUGAGAGCAGCACUCUUCCCACAACUAGCCACUCUCGGCCGGCAGGCCCGAGGCCCACCCGGGCCAUUGCACGCACGCAGCACAGCGAGAGGGUCCGCGCCAACGUCAACCGACACCGCAUCACACAGGCACGCACUGCUGCCCAGCUUGCUCCCCACUACUGGACGCAGUCCACCUGGCUCGACGAGACCAUCGAUGCUGUGGUGGCUGGGCUCAACACAGCUGUGUACGUGCGCGAUCUGACGCCGCGCCCACGAUCCCACAGGAGACGCAGGACAGUUAAAAGGAAGAGAACCAAAAAAGAAGGGAAAGCUGCUGGAAGUAAAGCUCCAAGCACGGGAACGAAGAGACGCAAGCGUAAGCACAGGAGGGCAAAAUCGAGAAAAAAAAUGGUGGUGAAGGAGGUCACGGCCCGCGGCCGCAUCGCACGGAACCUAGGCAUCCGGAAGCCUGCCCGAAGCUCUUCCAUCCCCUCUGUGUAUCGGCCCUCCGAGCAAACGCUGGGCAGCAUGAGAGCAGACAUUGGGGCCGCUUCCCUCUCCAUUUACGGUGACCCCUUCGACCUCGACCCAUUUGAUGACAGGGAUGAAGAGAUGGAGCAAGCACCGGCUCUGGCCUCUUUGCUGCAGGCUAAGCGCCGGGGUUUGUCACAGUCGGCGCUGCGCUCACACCAGCCUGUGGCAAGACCCAUAUCUGCUGGCCUGGCUGGCGGGAGAGGACACGGUAUCCCCCUGGUAGAAGAGGUGGCCGAGCCUGCAGCUUUGCCUGACCUGCUGGGCACCAUCCUCAGCGGACAGAGCCUGCUGCUCAUGGACAGCUCCGACGUGGUCAUCAACAGAGACGGCUCUCUCAAAGCCGCAAAACCGGUAUGCUUGUCUUCUCCAAGGAGUGGUGUUCCCAAUUUAGGAGAGAUGGGGCAUUCGCCCUCCACUGGAACAAGUAUAUUCCAGUUGAGCAGAGAGUCUGCACCCUCAUCCGGUCCUUCAUCAUCACACUCCUCCCCACACCCCUGUCCAGCAUCACCAGUGCCCACAUCACCCUGUGCACCUCUGUCUGUCCACCCAUGUUUUCAAAUGCCACCCCCCCAGAGACUUAUGCACUCAAACCCUGCUGGAACUGGCCACUGUCAGUGGGGCAUCUGUGGAGUCAGAGGCCAACACCCUACAAGGGUUAUGAGCAAUGCAUAUGACACUCACCGUGGGGAAGGAGAAAGUACCACUCAACAAGCCCCUGCAAAGAAACCUCCACCUAAAUCGGUAUGGGUGGAUGUGUCUGUGCUCCCAAGGAUACCAAAGAUUAAAAGAGAAAAUGGACAUAGCAGGAGCCACAGCAGCAACCUACCGGAAUCGUCUUUGUCAAGCUUAGCAGGUGACAAAGGCAGGCAGCAGUCUGUUGACCAGCAGGGGGCAAGUACAAGUCAGCAAAAUAGGUCCGUAGACAGCCAGAGACAAAGGCCAGCUAGAUCAGGCCCUUCUGCCUCGUUCUCCAAUUCAUUCUCCACUCCUUCAACAUCUGCCAGUGUUUCAUCAAAUCUUUGGCCAUCCUCUUCUUCUUCCAUCAGUUUCCGUAUUAGCACCAGCGGGAACUCGUGGCAUUCUCGCCGGCUUUCUGCACCCGAGCCAGCCAUAUCUGCAAAAGGAGAGGAUUCCUUAAAGAAAAACCAAAAGGACAAACGACUGCUGCUGUCAUCCCAUUCCCAGGCAAAAAAGACCUCUUUGAAGAGUGAGGUUUAUGAUCCUUUUAAUCCCACAGGAUCUGAUUCCUCAGAAGGUGAAUCUGAGAAUGACCGCCAUGAGGCAAAUUGCCAAAGUGCCACGAUCAUGCUGCCAACUGUGGGACAAAAUGAAAGUGCUCAACAUCAAAUUAAAACUGAUCCCAUGGACCUGGAUUCACCUGAGGAAGAAGAAAGUUCUGGAAAAUGUGUGGAAGUUAAAGAGGAAACAUUUUUUCCCAAGGAUGACCCAUGGCCAUGGCCUUCCCACCAGUCAUCCACUGGACAAAUGCAGUCUACUAGCCUUGCUGUUACAGCGUCCAGCAGAAGUCCUGUGAUCUCUGAUGCAGAGAGGAGUGUAUCUCCUGAAAUACUGUCGCCAAAAUCUGGGAGUCACUCUGGAUCAAGUUCAACCUCCAGUCAUCGAGGUGACAAGAAGAUCAAGGUAGAGUUGAAAACUGAACCAGAUGCUGAACCAGGCGAUUUCACAUUUCCUGUGAAAUCUAAGCCUUUAGCUGAGUCCCAUGUCCCCAAAGAUAAUGGGUUAUGUGAUGAAGUGCUAUCAGUACCUAGCAUCUCUGAUUUAUGCAGCAAGAGCAAGGAGAAAGAAACAAGAUUACCACAAUCCAAGUCAGAGGAAGGGAGGCAGUCACCUCUCCAAUCCAGAGACUCUGAAAGCUGUCAUAAGGUUAAAAAACACUUGCAAUCAGAAGAUAGAAAGCGCAAAAGCUUAAGAUCUCCAAGCCACAGACGAUCUCGCUCGCGAUCCAACGAAAGAAAGCAUUGCCGCUCGAGAUCUAAAGAGCGAAGGCAUUCACAUUCACGAGACGGGAGGCGCUUGACUCGUUCCAGCAGCAGAGAGAGCUCAAGGAGGAGAAAAGGUAAACGCGAGAGCCAUGAGCAGUGUGACAGCAGGGGGAAAGAUUGCCAGAAGAAAUCCAAAGAAAGAAGGCGUUCUCGCUCUAGAUCUAGAUCUAGAUCAAGGUCCCGAGAGAGGAGAGAGUGGCCAUCUUCAUGUAUGUCUUCCUCAGAACCAGGGGAUUCGGAUGAGAUGAGCUCAAAAAGGAUAUAUUCUAGAGCUACAUCCAGAGAUCGGCGACAGACAGCGGAUAUAUCAGAGGUUUCUCGCCACAAAGAACGGAACAUCCAAAAAACUUUAGAAUCUACUUCUAUGGAGUCAAAGGAGCCAUAUCGCAGUUCUAAUGACAUUUUACUCUCACUGGAGAAGGAAAAAGACACUGUAGGCAAUGAUUGUGAGACUACUCUAUCAGUUGUAUCAAUUGAAAAGGAAUCUAAACCCAGUAGUCCUUGGUAUUUAGCCUUAACUGAAGAGUGCAAGAAGCAGGAAGAAAUCACAGAAGAGAUUCCAUUGAUCAGUAUAUCAGAUAAACCCCAUGAAACCAAACCAGAAGAUAUCAAACAAGAAGAGGUCUUCCCAAUUAGCAAGGUUAAAGAGUCUCUGAUACUGAAGGAUAUAAAAACAGAGGAGCAGUAUUCUAAAUGUUGUGACAAAUUGAAGAAUCCUGAAGAAAUUAAAAAGGAAAAACUACCUGCAUCACCUAUCAUGAAAAAAUGCCAAGAAUUCACUGAUGUCAGUUUUAUGGAAACCAUACAGGGAGAUCAGGCUAGUUACACAGCACAACAAGAUGAAAAAAGUACUAAUGAUAUUUUAGAACCAUCAAAACAGUUUAAGGUAGAGCAGUUUUGGGAUGAUGAUGAUGAGGACCACUGUUGCAGUGAUGGUCCUCUAGUCAUCAAUUUGAACCCAUCUGACCCUGCUCCUUUGGACUUUAAAAAUGAGACUGAUGGUGAAUUGAUGAGUUUGCCUGAAGUGGCAAGUAAGGAGAUGGAAAUAGAACCUUUCCAACAUCCAUACCCAGUGAAGCAAGAACAUGUGGACUCUUCAGAUGACGAUAUCAAUGUGGACUACUUGAUUGACAACUUAGACUUUAUUAAGAAGGAGAUGAAGGAGGCUCCAGUAACUAAUACCACAGGCACUGAAGAGCCCCAGCCUACUAUACAGGAAGAGACGGCAGGGUCUAAACAAGAGAUGGAGCCAGUAUUAGUCAUGGCAGGCACCAAGGCCAAAUCACAGGGCAAACGAGUUACCUGGAACAUCCAAGAACCAGAGGAGCCUCAGCCAGAAAAGAUGAGCAAACUUGCACUAUUUAAACUAAAACUGAAGCAGGAAGGAUCCCGCAAGGCUGCGUUGUCCUCCACCACACAAAGCUUUGGGCAGGAGGCAGUCCUUAACCCAGUGGCGCCCAAACCAUCAUCUGCAAGCCUUAAUCCCCCAGCCCAGGGAGGAUCCAAAUCCCAUCGAAAAGAUCUCUUACAGGAUCUCCAUCACAAAGACAAGUACAUGAAGAAACUUCACAUGCAGGAGCGGGCAAUAGAGGAGGUAAAGCUGGCCAUCAAACCCUUUUAUCAGAAAAGGGACAUAACAAAGGAGGAGUACAAAGAAAUAUUGCGGAAGGCUGUUCAGAAGGUGUGUCACAGUAAGAGUGGUGAAAUUAACCCAGUGAAAGUAGCUAACCUGGUCAAAGCAUAUGUGGAUAAGUACAAACACGCCAGGAAGCAUCGCAAAGGGGAGGACUCUGGACAGAGGCAGACUGCUGAAGUGCCCAAAACCUCUGAAUCUUCAGGCUAAUGACUUAAGGGUGUGGCCCUUAAGCACACAUCCAGUCUGCUCAAUGCAACAACUUUGUUAGUCCAACUCCUCUCAAAACUUGCUGGGAACUACAAGGGCUAAAGCAAUUGUGAAUUCAGUUGUUCAAUUAAUUGUUUUACUUCUGUUUGGAUUUUUGUCUCGGUUUAGCUCCUUACAAAAACACUGUAUUGGGUUGGAGGAAAAAAUAUUUUACAAUGGUAGGGGCGUACUCCAGAUGUACAGUUGAGCUCAACAUACAGAUCAGCAUACUUGUAUGCCACUGGUACAGACGAUAUAUUCAUAAUUUUUAGCUUGCUAGUUCUAUAAUAAUGACAGGAGCAUUUUUUUUUUUCCUUCAACAUUUUUGGUAAACAUGGUUGUCAAGCAACAUUUCAAGACUGGUAGACCACUGAAGCCACUCCACUUUGUUUCUCGUGUUUUUUGGCACAUAUUUGUACUGAUGUAAUUAAAUCCUUUGCAUUUGAAAAUCAGCCCUGUUCAGUAGCAGAAUAGCAGUACUUGACAUCUGUCAUGGUUACACACACACAAAGUCCAAUGUAACAUUCUGUGUUGGUGUGUACUAUAGACUUGUGAAAAGAAAAUUGUUUGAAAAUAAGAAAUUAGUACUGAUGUAUGUACUUAUCAUAAAACCAAGUUCUAACUGAGGAUCCAGAUGUGAUAUGAGCUUAAUUUGUACUGGCCUGUUGGUAACUGCAAAUACAUAUCAAAUCCUCCACCUAUAAUGCUGUUAUUAGGUCUGAGAAGUAUCAUUUAAUGAAUCAUGGGAUUCUGUGGGGCUAAAUAGACACUGGAAAUUCCAACUGAAAUUCUGCUGAGAACUUGUUCAAUUGUCCAGUGUUUGUAAGGUUGUAAGAAGAUGCUUUAAACUGGUGGUAUUGUCCCUUUAAUGCCCCCCCCCCCCCUCAUUACUUUUAAAAUAAUUUUAUUUUCAGAGUAAAAAGAAAAAUGUAAAAGAGAUCUAACUUUAUAUACAUGGUGUGUUUGUCUACUAAUUGAAAAUUGUAUCAUGACAGAACUGUAAGGCAACUUUAAACAGCAGAAUAAUCUUUUUGUUUUGUUUAAUCCAUAAGCCAUACAGUACAUAUUUAACAGCCACAGUUUUCAAAUAUGUCCUCUGUUAAACUGCAUAGAAACAGAUUCUUACUAAAUGUUUUUGCCAGUAAAUUUCUGCUGAAUAUGAAAAUGGUUUGCCAAUUUGUUUUGGAUUUGAUUUUUUUGUUUUUUUUCUUUUGUGGGCAUAUAGUUUGGCGCUUUUAAGUGUGUGAGAAUAUAAAGAUGUACACUCUGAAAAGAGUGGUGGUGUUUGGGAUCACCCCUGAUAAGUAGGAGUGGACCAUGUUUGGCCUUUCCUUCAACUUGGAUCAAGAGUUAAUUCUGUCUAUGUAAAAGCAUCAAUCAUCAGUGUGUUUUAUUAUUUUCUUUGAUUUCAUUUUGCAUCAGUAUUUAGAUAUGUAAAAAAUAAUUACAUAAGUUAGUUAUCUUUUCUUUCUCACAAGGCAAAAUGUGACUCGCUAUAACUAAGUCUAAAUUGCAUCUAUCCUGGUAGUGCAUGAGGAAUACAAAAUCUCAGGAGAUAAAUUUCUCCUUCGUAGCCUAAGGCAGCCCGUUGAAAUCUACAUGUGUAGUAUGUGCUGUCUUAUUCUUGAAUUGUACUUGAUUCUCAGUGAGAACUGGAGAAUCCACUCUGUUUUGUAAAUACUUUUUCUUUAGGCAUUUAUUUAAUAAAAGUGAAAAUUCUUUAUCUA